AUGUCAAAUUUACCUUCUCCAACUACUUCAAAUUCGGGUAAUAGUUUUCUCAGUGGAACUGCUAAAAGUCGUCCUCAUGCAAGCGCAUAUAUUAAAUCUAGCAAAAGUGUUUCUUUCUCUUAUGCUGGUGAAAAUAAUUCUUUUCAACUUGGAAUAUUAGGUGACUCUGAUAGUUAUUUAGUUGGUACUUUACAUUUAAAUUAUGGUAAACAAUAUCAAGUUAGAAAUAUUGUCCUUAAUCUUAAAGGAAUUGAAAAAACUAGUUGGUAUAAAGCUCAAGCUAGAACAAAAGCUAUUUAUACUGGUGAACAAGUUGUCGUUGAUCAUUCCCAAGAAAUUUGGAAAUCUGAUGAUAAAAUUGUUUUAAAUUUAGACGUCCCUUUUAAAAUUAAACUUCCUUAUAAUUUACCUGAAACUAUUGUUACUGAACUUGGUAGUGUUAAUUAUGUUCUGAGGGCUACUAUUAAUCGUAAAGGUGGUUUAAUGUCUUCUUCUACCCAAAUUAUUGAAAUUCAAUGUCCUUUAAAAAGAACUUUAACUUUAGAUAAUACUAGUCUUACUCCUUAUAAAUUACGUGGUGAAUCAAGAAGUGGUGUUGAUUAUUCUUUUACUUUACCUCCAAAUAAGAAUUUCAAUCUUGGUACUUAUGUUACUAUUCCAAUAAGAAUGAAAUUUGUACGUCCUGGUGUUAGUGUUGAAAGAAUUGAAUUGGCUUUAAAAUGUUGUAUGGAUUUUAGAUGUAAUAAUCCAAAUGAAACUCGUCAUGUUAAAGAAAAUGUUGUUUCUUUAGCUAUUCCUCGUCAAGAAAUUAGAGCUCCUAAUUUGGAUGGUGAAUAUACUCAUACUGUUAACUUAUUUAUUCCACGUGGUGUUCAACCUACAUAUUCUGGUCGUUUUAUUAGUAUUACCCAUCAAUUUUAUAUCAAAUUUUGUCUUUGGGGUGCAAAUGAUGAUUUUCAAGUUGAAGAAAGUAGUUUUAUUUCAACUCAUACUCCUCCACCUGAGCAUCCAUCUCCACAACUUAUUCCCCAAAUUCUUCAGCCUCUUAAUAGAGUACAACAACAACAGCAGCAAGCUGCUAUGGUUAGACCUUCUUCUCCGUAUUCUGAGGCUUAUCCUGAAGCAUAUCCAACUUAUGCUGAAGGUUAUUAUCCUGCUUAUGAUCCCGAAGAAGUUGGUACUGCUGUAUAUUUAGAUUAUCAACAUGAACUUAAUUAUAAACUUAACCUGCAUAAUCCUCCACAAGUUCAUGCUCUCAAUACUUCUCCUUAUCUUUAUAAUUCAAAAGAUGGCCAAGAUGGUUAUACUGAUUUAUAUCCACCUGGUUUAGCUUCUGCGUUAAAUGCUAAUGAUCUCUGGUAUAGACAACAAUUAGCUGCUCUUCAUCAUCAACAACAACUUUAUAAUAAAAAAAGUCAAAUGCCUCCUGUUCCUGUUCCAAGACCACCUUUCAAUCACUCUCGUCAUACUUCUAAUUCUUCUCAUCAUCUUAAUGCAAUUAUGAUGAAUGAUAGUGUAUUACCUCCUUCUCCUUCAAUAUCUCCUUCAAGACUUAAUCCAAAUAAUAACACUUCUCCAAAAUUACCUCCUUAUGCUGCAUCUGAACAUUCUUAUUCUCGAAAUUCUCCAAAUAGUGCUGAAAAAAAUCAAAAAUCACAACAACAAUUGGAUCUUGCAAGUAGAAAGGAGAGUAGAGUGGAUCCGAACAUGUUGAUACCAUCAUCACCUUCUCCACCUUCUUAUAGGGAACAUUCAACUCCUGCGCCUGAAGAUAUUUAUACGAGAAAUUAUAUAUGA